CAGCUGACAUCACCCGGGCUGAAUGGAGAGAGGUGGAGGAGGAGGAGGUGGGGGUGUAGGUUGGGAAGCUCGCGCGUUUUAAAAGAAAGAAAAUCCCAUUUUUCCCCUCUCGGAUGAGCGAUGGUUUAAUGCACGAGGACACGUCGAGGCACAUCUUUUAAUUGGAGCAUAAAAAGGCAGAGGCUCGAGCGCACAAUGGCGCGCUGAAGUCAAGUCGGUGGGAAUAAAGUGGUGGUGGUGGUGGUGUUUUGUUUUCUUUUUUGAAGGGGGGCGCGCGCGCGUGCCUGCCUGCCUGUCUGCCUGUCUCUCUGCGCCCACCGUGGAGAUUCACGAUUCACUACACGUCUACAGUACGUCCUGAGAACGUCUACGUAUCCAGAAAGAGAAGGGAACGGAAAGUCGGAGGAAGAAAAAAAGGAAAAACAUUGGCGUUCCUUGUUUUUAGGAAUUCCUGGUUGAGACUUUUUAGCGGUACUUUCUUUUUGGGUUUUUCUGGUUUGUUUUUGGGCUGGAAGCGGAUCUGAACUGUUCGAACAGAGCAAGGACUAUCUCCCCGGGACAGGGUGGGUGUCCUAUGGACGACUGUGGUCCACUUUCUCCAAAAGCGAACGCUUUCAGGAUCACUUCACUGAUCGCAGCAACAGCUGAAGCUCUGGACCGAAAACUGCGGCAAUCUGCGGGGGCCAUGCACUACAGCACCGUGACCAGAGAGAUGGAAGCAAUCUCCAGCCCGUGGCUGACGCAGCUCUCCCAUUUUUGCGAUGUUGCAGCCUUCACCACCAGCAGCCUGAACAGCCUCAGCGCUCCCGGGGGAGGCUACCACCUCUCCCCGUCCCCCGGAGACCCGUACGGCCAGCAUGAGACCCACUUCGAGCCGUGUCCCGCGGCCCAGCACUCCUAUCCCUACCCGGGCUCCAACCCCGGCCAGGCUGCCCCGCAAGGAGACGCCGGGACGCCCAACUGCCCCUCGUCCUCCGCAUCGUCCUCCUCCAGCUCCACGCCCAACAAGUCCCUGGUGAAGAAGAACCCAAAGGUGGCCAACAUCAGCGUCCAGCUGGAGAUGAAGGCGCUCUGGGACGAGUUUAACCAGUUGGGGACCGAGAUGAUCGUCACCAAAGCCGGACGGCGAAUGUUUCCUACUUUCCAAGUCAAAAUAUUUGGAAUGGACCCAAUGGCGGACUAUAUGCUUUUAAUGGAUUUCCAGCCGGUGGACGAUAAACGCUACAGGUAUGCCUUCCACAGCUCCUCGUGGCUCGUGGCGGGUAAGGCGGACCCCGCCACCCCGGGCAGGGUGCACUACCACCCGGACUCCCCCGCUAAAGGAGCGCAGUGGAUGAAGCAGAUCGUUUCCUUCGACAAACUCAAACUCACCAACAACCUGCUGGACGAUAAUGGACACAUCAUCCUGAACUCCAUGCACAGAUACCAGCCGCGUUUCCACGUGGUUUACGUGGAUCCCCGUAAGGACAGUGAGAAGUACGCGGAGGAGAACUAUAAGACUUUCGUUUUUGAGGAGACCCGUUUUACCGCUGUCACAGCAUACCAGAACCACAGAAUAACUCAGUUAAAGAUCGCCAGUAAUCCGUUCGCCAAGGGCUUCAGAGACUGUGAUCCAGAGGACUGGCCGAGGAAUCACAGGCCCGGCUCGCUGCCCAUCAUCAGCGCUUUCGCUCGCACAAGGAACCCAAUGUCCUCGCCCCCGCAGCAGAAUGGCACUGAGAAAGAUGACAGGCGAGACUACGACCGGGACCCCAGCGGGACGCCCAUCCACGCCGACCCCGCCCACCAGCUGAUGUCCCGUGUCCUCAGCCCCGCCCUCCCUGUCCCGGGAGGCCUCCACGCCGUCCCGCUCACGGCAGGACCCCGGAGCCCGCCUCACGAACUGCACCCUCAGGCACCGGACACCCUCCAUCACCACCCCUACAAAUACCCCACCACCUACGAACACUACCUGGGGGCCAAAACCCGGCCGUCCCCGUACCCUUUACCCAGCAUCAGGGGCCACGGCUACCACCCCCACAUGAACCCGGCGACGGCCAACAUGUACUCGGCCACCAGCGGCCCGGCUAACUACGACUACGGGCCGAGAUAAUGACUGAAACCUGGGGUUUUUCUGUGGCAGGAAGCGGCGUCGAGGGACGUAAUGCGGAUGUCUGUGAAGCCUCGCUUCAACUGGGACACUUCACUUCAACCAUAACGUCUCGCUUCAACCGGAAUGUUUUGCUUCAACCAAGACGUCCUGCUUUAACCUGGAUGCCUCAUGUUAAUCAGGGCACCUCGAUUCAACCAGGGCAAUGUCCUACUUCAAACAAGGCGUCCCGCUUCAACCAGGGCAUCCCACUUUAACCAGGGCAACAUCUUGUUUCAAUUGGGGCAUCUCGCUUGAACCGCAAUGUCCUGCUUCAGUAGAGAUGACCUGCAUUAACCUGGAUGCCUCAUGUUAAUCGGGUCACCUCACUUCAACCAGGGCGUCCCGCUUCAACUAGAGCAAUUUCUCGCUUCAACCAAGACGAGAUGUCCCGCUUUUACCUGAAUGCCUUGCUUCAACCGGGACACUUCGCCUCAACCAGGUCACUCAGCCUCUACUGGGAUGCCCUGAUUUAAUCUGGAUGCCUCAAGUUAAACGGGACACCUCGCUUCAACCAGGGCGUUCAACCAAGACACUUUUACCUGAAUGCCUCGCUUCAACCGGAAUGUCUCACUUCAACAAAAACGUCCUGCUUUAACCUGGAUGGCUCACGGGGCACCUCCCUUUAACCAAUACAAGUGUCCCACUUUUACCUGAAUGCCUCGCUUCAACCGGGACACUUCAAUUCAACCAGGUUGCCCUGCCUCUUCCUCGAUGCCUCGCUUCAUCCGGGACGCCUCGCUUCAUCCGGGACGCCCCUGUGGGGGAAGAAACUGAACUGCCAUAUUUAUUAACUGGAGAAAAAAGUACUUACGAGACCCUUUGGACCGGAAUCCGGCUCCUCCAGAACUGCGACUGUAUCGGACCCUCUGCAGAGGAGCCGGAGAGGAGCCUGCAGUAUAAAGUCCAGCACAAACUGAAGGAACGCCGUUCCUGAACUCGAGUGCAUUUACUGCAUUUACUGCAUUAACUGCAGACUGGAACUGAUUUUUGAUUUUUUGUGUUGGAUGCACUUUUUUUUGCUUUUAAAAAGCCAUAAGUUAUAUCAUACCCUUGAGCCCAAUGAGCUUCUAGGUAGAACGGGCAUUUAUUUGCAUGUUGCGCUGAUGUGAAGGUGCUGAAAUGCCUUGAAAAGUUGUUUUUUUGUGUUUUUUUGUCCUGAUUAUGAACUGUGCAUUGUUGGAAAACGCUGGGCCGUCCUCAGCAGCUCCGAGAAGCUUGUACCAUGGCACUGACUAACAGCAAUUCUAAAUAAAUAUGGACACGAUGACCCGGCCGAACCUGUAAAAUAAGCAUUAAAUAUUUUACUUUCAA